CCAGUAUUCAAUCAGCGGGCAGGUGGUCUUCCCUGGCCAGACCACCUCAACUGCGACAACUAUGAAGACAAUGACCAAUGUUUUGGGCCGCCGCAGGAACAACUAAAUGAGGUCACAAUUCCCCCAAACCUGGUGUCCCCUGGUGACACCCCCAGUCCCACAACGGCGAUAUUGCUGGAAAUAGACUACCCGCAGACUGGCAACUACAGCUAUGUUACCUUGACCUGCAAGAACAGUGUUUUUGACGACCUUACACCAAGCCAAAGACCAGCCAAGUUUUGGAGAGGAGAAUUAGAAAUCACCUCUCCGUCUGAUCUGGUGACCGUAACGGCGAGUACGGACGUUAGCAUCUCGUUCGUCUUCAACCAGGCCCAAGAGGGCAGUUACAAGUGCACGACAAAAGAUGACGAACAGUCUAAUGUAGAGAAACUUUCAGCCUCACCACCUUGUGAUGUCACCAAAAGUGCCACUCUGGAGAUUAGCAACUGUCUUACUCCUCCAACUGUUACUAGC